GCCUUUUUUAAUUGGAGAAAGUGUAGAAAAGCUCAAGGGAUAGGGAGACAUCGUUGCAAGACCACCUUAGAGGCACACAAAUUGAACUGUGAGUUCCAUCCACUUCUCCGGCAACGCAGAGUGGUUCAUGAUGGUCGCAAUAUCGGCAUUUUCGUCUCUCCUGCCAUUUUGCACCACUCGCAGAAUUCCCGGUCCUUCUCCAUCCUUGGCUUUUCAAAAUGUCCAUUCCCAGUCUUGUGUUAUCCCCACUUCAACUUUCACCCACGGGGCUCUGAAACAGCUGAGAAGCAAGAAUCCUAGACUCAGGUUGGUGAAGGCGGUAGAAGAAGAAACACAGGUUCCGCAGCAACAAGACGACCCACAAGAAGAACCAUCGUCUUCCGAACAGCAACCCGUUGUAGUUCCCGUUUCCCCAUCGGAUACUCUCACCAUGUUCUUUCAGGCUGAGGGAACACUGAGUGAAUCAGCCAUUCCAGCAGUCACUAAGGCCUUAGAGGGGAUGGAGGGUGUAAGAGAUUUGAAGGUUCAGACUAUUGAGGGAAUCGCAAGUGUUGAGUUGAAAAAACAGACCACAGUGCAAGCUACAGGUGUGGCUUCGGGUCUGGUAGAAACCAUACAGGGUUCAGGCUUUAAGUUACAGACAUUAAAUUUGAGUUUUGAGGAUGAAGAGGAUGCAGCUGCUUAGGUUUGAUAUGCCAUGUUUAGAGGACAAAAACAGUUCAAUUUUUCCAGAUUGUAGCCUACUACGUUCAUUCCAGCAUGGUUAAACCAAAUUAGCGGUGUUGAUUAAUUUCUUUUUAUAAAGAUGUUUGACGAUUAGGUUAAACUACUGGAGAGAAAAUAUCAGUCAGAAAAUUUCUUUUCUUGUGUCAACAUAGUCAUACCCUAAGCGUGGUAGGUUGAAUCAAGCUGUAAUGCCGAACUUAAAUUAAUUCAGUUCAGCCAAAUCGAAUUACUAUUUCUGGUUUU